GAGCUGCCAUGGCCCACAGCCGCUCUCGGAAGCGAUCGCGGAGCAGGAGCAAAAGCGAUUCCCGGAGCAGGCGGGAGAGGAAGGAGAAGAAAAGGAGGAAGAGCAGCAAGGACUCGCAGCGGAGCAGCAGCUCUCCACCAAGGAAGAGGAUCUCUGGCUCUCACGGACACAAAUCGAGCUUGGCAGCAGCCAGGGAAGAAAAGAAGAAGGAAGGAAAGGAUAAAAAGAAGAGGAAGGCCAGUACCUCUUCCUCUGGGACAUCUUCGUCCACCAGCUCUUCCUCAUCUUCCUCCAGCUCCUCUUCCGAUGACUCCAGUGACAGUGACUCCAAAAUGAAGAAGAGUCAAGACAGCAAAAAAAAGCGAGUGAAACAGAAAGACAAAAAGAAGAGGAAGAAGAAGAAAAAAAUAAAGAAGAAAUCCAAAAAGAAGGCAAAGGAGAGAGCUAAGGAGGAGAAAGCCAAGGCAGAAGAGGCGCCUGGCCCCUCACUGGAGCAGUGGCAGAAGGAAUCAGUGGUGGACUCUGGGCCAGCUCUGACAGAUGAACAGAAAUCCCGGAUCCAGGCUAUGAAGCCAAUGACAAAGGAGGAGUGGGACGCGAGGCAGAGCGUCAUAAGGAGAGUGGUGGAUCCCGAAACAGGGAGAACCAGGCUCAUUAAGGGGGAUGGGGAAGUCCUGGAAGAAAUCGUCAGCAAGGAGAGACACAAGGAGAUUAACAAGCAAGCCACUCGUGGGGAUGGGCUGGCCUUCCAGGUGAGGACGGGGAUGCUGCAGUGAGGGCAGGCACCAGCCAGCCCAGGGGCCCGUCCUGCUGCCCCUGCCAGCCUGGGGGAGCCUCUGCCUCUGGAGCACGCAGACAGCACCGUGUCAAGAUGUUCCCCAGGGGCCCUUUCCAGCUGCUCUGUAAGUUACUGACUGGGAAGGAGAGCGACUUUAGGGCUUCACCUCCCAGUAACAGCUUCUCCCCUCCCUGUCCCAGCUCAGGCCAGUGUGGCUGUAAUGUACCUGAGCCAUUUGCCCCAGUGCUCCUCUGGAUGCUGGAGGAGCUCAGCAGCACCCAGGGGACAGACACCCUCAGGGUGCUCUGGGCUUUGGGGGGCAGGAGCCAAUGCUGUGGCCAGGACAGGGUGUGUACCAGGGCCACAAAGCACACAGCUGGCUUCCACUUCUUCCCUUCAGGGGCUGCCCAUGGCCCUUUCCUUGCUGGAUCUGGCUCACGGGCCCUUUGCACUCACUGACCCUGCUCAGAGUGGUGUGGCUGUGGCUCUGCUCAGACUGCAGCUCCCCUGAGAGCCUCCCUCCACUCCACUGCGCCCCUGGGGCUUCUCCCAGCCUUCCUGCAGCUUCACCUCCUCGGGCAGGGGAGCGCUGACCUGGCACACCGCACUGUGCAGGUGUGCUUUGUGGAGGGGUGGCUUUGCCUUGCUCCUGCAUGCAGCUCAUGUCCCUUCCCCACAGCACAGGCCCCAGGCAGCGCUGGGGCUCUGGGCUUCUCAGGGCCCAGGGCUGCUCUGAAGCAAACACAGCAGCCUUUUCCCUUGCUGGAAACUGUAAAAAACAGAAGGACAAAUGGGUUAAAGGACAAAUGGGUCCUGCAGGAUCUCUGCAGAGGGUUUCCACGUUCUGUUCAUGGCUGUAACCCCAUUAAACUGGCACCUGCUCACA